AUGGCCAGCGAACCCCUCAUCAAACACAUCUACACCGCGGACCCCUCCGCCCACGUCUUCAACAGCAAACUAUACAUCUACCCCUCGCACGACCGCGAGACAGACAUCCAGUUCAACGACAAUGGCGACCAGUACGACAUGAACGACUAUCACGUCUUCUCGAUGGAGACCGUCGGCGGCCCCGUCACCGACCACGGCGUCGUCCUCAAGGACUCCGAUAUCCCCUGGGUCUCCAAGCAGCUGUGGGCCCCCGACGCCGCAACCAAGAACGGCAAGUACUACCUGUACUUCCCUGCGCGCGACCGCGAGGGCAUCUUCCGCAUUGGCGUCGCGGUGGGCGACAAGCCCGAGGGCCCGUUCGCGCCGCAGCCGAAUCCCAUCCGCGGCAGCUACAGCAUUGACCCGGCGGCGUUUGUCGACGACGACGGGCAGGCGUAUCUGUACUUUGGCGGGAUCUGGGGCGGGCAGUUGCAGUGCUGGUGCCGCUCGGAGACGGGGGAAUGGGAGUUUGAUGCGUCGAAGACGGGCCCGCAGGAGCCCAGCGGGGAGGGGGUGAAGGCGCUGUAUCCGCGGGUGGCGCGGCUGAAGGAGGAUAUGCUUGAGUUUGAGGGGGAGAUUCAAGAGCUGGAGAUUGUGGAUGAGGAGGGGAGGCCGCUGGCGGCGGAUGACCAUGAGCGGCGGUUCUUCGAGGCGGCGUGGAUGCACAAGUAUAACGGCAAGUAUUACUUCUCGUGGUCGACGGGCGAUACGCAUUACCUGGUGUAUGCGACGGGGGAUAGUCCGCUGGGGCCGUUCACGUACCGCGGCCGGAUCCUGGAGCCGGUGCUUGGGUGGACGACGCAUCAUUCUAUUGCGGAGUUCCAGGGGAAGUGGUAUCUUUUCUAUCAUGACUGUUCGCUGUCCGGAGGGGUGGAUCAUUUGCGGAGUGUGAAGACGCGGGAGAUUGUUUAUGAUGCGGAGGGGAAUAUCAAGCUGGCUGAAUGA